AUGUUGGGUUUUCAUCGCAGGACGAGGAGUUUGAUCCCCGUGAAGGACCUCGCCAAGUAUGAUAGGGUGCCGUUGAACGAACAGGACGAAGAGGUGGAUAUGGAGGAUAGUGACACGCUGGUGGACGAGGAAUCAGAGGCGUCGGACAAGGCGCGCUCUAGGCAACUCACUCUGAUCUAUGUCGUGUUCCUGGCAGAAGCAAUCAUGGCGUCCUCGCUCCAGCCACAGCUCCAGAUGUUGAUCUCAGAUUCCGACUACUGCGGCAACCUAUCUACAAGUUACUUGAGGAGUAUACUCGAUUGCGCAUAUGCAUUCGGGGGUACAACAGGCCUCUUCUGGGGCUACAUGGCUGAUCGCAUGGGCAGGCGGAAGGUGACGCUCAUUGGCCUCUGGAUGAUGGUUGUCUGCUGCCUGAGCAUGGGCUUUGCGACCGAUCUUGCGAGCUGCACGCUAUUCCGCUACUUUGCGGGACUCGCCAGCUCGACUGUGAUCGUCACGACGCUUACCAUGAUCGGAGACUUGAGCAAGAGCUUCGAAGAGCGCGUUCAGAACGUGGCACUACUGCCGUUGAUCGCACUCUUCGGAUCAAUUGGGCCCAUCAUCCAGGGCAUGGUCUCGGAAAGCUUACACUCGUCUGGUGCAGUCUGGGAGAAGUUCCCCACCUUGGGGUCGCAGCUUGCCUGUGGAGGCCUUGUGCUGUCCAUUACAUUGACCGCGACGUUUAUGCUUCAAGAGACUCUUUCUCUCGAGACAAGUUCAUCGCACAUGCACCUCGACUGCGAAAAGGCUGCAUUCCUGUCGGAGAAUGAUUCGGACGCACCAAAAAUCGCUGUGAUCGACUUUGUCCGGCCCGAGCCCAUCACUAUCAACCAGUUCAUGCAGGCUCCUUCAUUCCUUGUUCUCCUGGCCUCCUUCUCCCUACUAUCCCUUCACGCUUCUGUUUUCGAUGUUGUUCUACCUCACCUUGGACACCAAAGCUCGCAGGACGGUGGCAUGGGAAUCCCAUGUCCCUGGCUCGGUCUUACUGUCCUGAUCGUCAAGGGCGUGGCUGGAGUCACCAUCAAACAUAUUAUCCCUUCGGCAGUGGAGAAGUUUGGCCUACUCAAGCUUUAUCGCUCGACCUCUCUCCUGUUUCCCGCCAUCUACAUAAUCACUCCGCUCCUUGCUCUCGCUGCCGCAUCAGCAUGUUCCACUAACUUUGUGGCUAUCACAUCCGCCAUCGGUCUGCUCACUAAGCAUGUCCUUACGGGCGGUGCCACCGUUCUCGUCGCGCUCCUUGUGCUCAACACGACGCCUGAUGCAUACUCAGCAGGCACCGUGGUCGGCAUUAUGCAAAUUGCAAACCUCUUCAGAGCGCUAGCGGUCGCAGUCAGCGGAGCCAGCUUCUACCUCUCCGACGAGUUGAGCGUAUCAACAACCAACCUCGCGCUGUGGACCUGCCUCAUGCUCUUUGGCAGCUGCGGCGCGGCGCUGGCGUACUUUGUCCGCGAAAGACCGAGCGUGGAGCGCGAUUUCCCGAGCGAGGUCCUCUGCUGGGAAACCUGUUACGACGCGGACGAAGAGAAGAACGAGUUCGAUACUUGA